ACUCACACGUGCUUGUAAAUUUAACCUCACAAUUAUUUUAUAUAAAAAAAUAUUGUCUAUUUAUAUAUUUUACAAAAUUUUUUGUAUCAUGAAAAUUAAUUUAAAUUUUUAAAAACUUUUUUUUUUAAAACUAAAACAUGUCACGUUUGAUUGUAAAAAAUUUACCGACAACUAUAACUCAAGCUAAAUUAGAAGAAUUAUUUGGAGUACAUGGAAUUAUAACAGACGUACAAUUAAAAUAUACAAAAGAUGGUAAAUUUCGUAAGUUUGGAUUCAUCGGUUUUAAAACUGAAGAUGACGGACAGAAAGCAUUGAAUUUUAUGAACAAUACAUAUAUUGGUACAUCCAAAAUAGAUGUCCAAGUGUGCGCUGGUUUAGGAGAUGAUUCAAAACCAAAAGCUUGGAGUAAAUAUGCUCCAGAUAGUUCAGUGAAUUUAAAAAAAGAUCAAAAAGAUUCCGAACCUAAAGCCGAGAAGAAAAAGAAGAAGAAGGAUAAAGAAAAUGAAGAAAUAAAAAAAUUACUGGAAAAGCAUAAAGAAGAUCCACUUUUUGCUGAGUAUCUAGAAACCCAUGCGGUAAAAGGAGUCAAAGAAUUGUGGAAAAAUGACAUAGACAUUGAAAAUGAGGAAGAAAAUGGAACUCAGGCAACUGAUGCCGAUGCUGAUGAUGCGAAAGCUGAAGAUUCGGAGGCGAAAGUCACUGGCAAAGUCCCGGAUCUCGAGUCGAUGGAGAAGAAACUGAUGAAAAAAAAAUUAGAGACCAAGGAAGAGGUAGCAAAUGUAUCGGGACACGGUCCCAAGGAAUUUUAUACAGUAAAAGUGCGAGGGCUAGGCCACAAGCACAAGAAAAAAGACAUAAAACAGUUUUUCAAUCCGUUGGUGCCGAAAUCUAUAAGAAUACCGCGUAAAGUUCGGACCUUUGCGUACGUGGGGUUCAAAACCGAAACUCAAAUGAACAAGGCCUUGAAAAAAGACGGCUGCUGUUACGAUGGCAAGAAGUUAUUGGUGACAAAGUACGACAACAAGAACAAGAGCAAGGCAAAGGUUGAAGAUGAAAACGAAAAUAACAGCAAGUGGAAAAAACAGGAAGAGGCUCUGAAAAAAGAAGAGCCGAUAUCCGAGUCCGGUAGAAUUUUCGUCAGAAAUCUCGCUUACGUCACCACAGAGGACGAUUUGAGAAACAUCUUCGAAAAAUACGGGCCUCUGACUGAAGUUAACGUUCCUAUUGAUAAAGACUCCAGGAAAUCCAAAGGUUUUGGAAUAAUUACCUUCAUGAUGCCGGAGCAUGCUAUUAAAGCUUACAAUGAACUGGACGGGACAUCACUGAAUGGCAGGAUGCUGCACAUUCUACCCGGGAAAGCGAGUCCAUCGGAAUCCGAAAAAGAGGGUUUGAGUUACAAAGAAAAAAAAGAACUGGAGAAAAAAGGAACGGCCAGCUCGAGUCAUAAUUGGAAUACAUUAUUUCUCGGUCAGAAUGCUGUUGCGGACGCGAUAGCAUCGGCAUACAAUACCACUAAAGAAAAAGUCCUUGAAGACGGGGGUAGAGGAACGAGUGUCGCUGUGAGACUCGCCUUGGGAGAGACGCAACUGGUGGAUCAGACGAGAAAAUUCUUGGAGGAAAACGGCGUAAGACUCGACGCAUUUAACCAGGCGCCGGACAAACGAUCCAAGACAAUUAUUCUCGUGAAAAAUUUACCCACCGAUACUACGGUACAGGACUUGAAAGAUAUUUUCGUAAAACACGGAGUUAUUAGUAGAAUUAUCAUGCCGCCCGCUGGAAUUACCGCACUGGUAGAGUUUGUCGAGCCAUCAGAAGCUCGGGCGGCUUUCAAAAAAUUGGCGUACACUAAAUUUAAACACUUGCCAUUAUAUUUGGAGUGGGCGCCAGACAACAGUUUAAAUCCGGCUUCAAACCAAUCAAUUCAGCUCAAUAAAUUGUCUGCUGAUAAAACAAACUCCAAGGAACCGGUCAAUGAAUCUAAACCUGUUGAGGAUGAGCAAGAGGACGAAGAGGAGCCUGAACCUGACACUACUGUCUUUGUCAAAAAUUUAAACUUUUCCACGACAGACGACCAAUUGAAAAAGUACUUCAGCAAGUGCGGCGACGUCCACUACGCAACAAUAACAACCAAAAAAGAUCCGAAAAAUCCUGGAGAGAAGCUGUCGAUGGGCUACGGGUUCGUCAGGUACAAGUACAAAGCCGACGCGGAUCGCGCUCUUAAAGAAUUGCAGAUGACUCUGCUGGACGGAAAAACACUGGAGCUGAAACGUUCCCAGAGGACAUUGGGAACUGACGUCGCGUCAACGAGAAAAGUGUCGAAAGUGACAGAAGCGACGGGAACUAAAAUUCUAAUAAAGAACAUUCCAUUCCAAGCCAAUGCCAGUGAAAUAACAGAGUUAUUCAAGGCAUUUGGGGAAUUGAAAGCUGUCCGUUUGCCCAAGAAGAUGGUAGGAGAUGGUAACCAUCGGGGAUUCGGUUUUGUCGAGUAUUACACAAAAAGUGACGCCAAGAUAGCUUUCAAGGCGCUCUGUCAGAGUACUCAUUUGUAUGGCAGAAGAUUGGUGCUGGAGUGGGCCCAAACUGACGAAGAUAUCGACACUAUUAGAAAGCGGACGGCUAAACAUUUUCACCCAGAAGUGACCAGCAAGAGAAGCAAAAAAGGAACAGUGGAUCCCGAGUCGCUCGGUCUCGAACCCGAUCAAUAAAAUAUUUAAAAAUAAAAUAUAAAUAUGUAAAUAUAAAAAAAAAAAUUACGGAACAAUAAAUUAU